AUGGCCAAUGGCAUCGACGAACUCAUCGGCAUUCCCUUCCCCAACCACAGCAGCGAGGUCCUGUGCAGCCUGAAUGAGCAGCGGCAGGACGGCCUGCUCUGCGACGUGCUCCUCGUGGUACAGGAGCACGAGUACCGCACCCACCGCGCCGUCCUGGCGGCCUGCAGCAAGUACUUCAAGAAGCUGUUCACGGCCGGCGCCCUGGCCAGUCAGCCGUACGUCUACGAGAUCGACUUUGUCCAGCCCGAGGCCCUGGCUGCCAUCCUGGAUUUCGCCUACACCUCCACGCUCACCAUCACCGCCUCCAACGUCAAGCACAUCCUCAACGCCGCCAGGAUGCUGGAGAUCCAGUGCAUCGUGAACGUGUGCCUGGAGAUCAUGGAGCCCGGCGGGGACGGCGGGGAGGAGGACGACAAGGAGGACGACGACGACGACGAGGAUGACGAUGAUGAGGAGGACGAGGAGGAAGAGGAGGAGGAAGAGGAAGAAGACGAAGAUGAUGACACCGAAGACUUCGCCGACCAAGAAAACUUGCCCGACCCCCAGGACAUCAACUGCCACCAAAGCCCCUCCAAGACGGACAAUCUCACGGAGAAGGCCUAUUCCGACGCACCCAGGGACUUCCCCGAUUCCUUCCAGGCCGGCAGCCCCGGCCAUCUGGGCGUCAUCCGGGACUUCUCCAUCGAAUCCUUGCUGAGGGAGAACCUGUACCCCAAAGCCAACAUCACUGAUAGGAGACCCUCCUUAUCUCCAUUCGCCCCUGACUUCUUCCCGCACCUCUGGCCGGGGGACUUCGGUGCCUUUGCCCAGCUGCCUGAGCAGCCCAUGGACAGUGGGCCGCUAGACCUGGUCAUCAAGAACCGGAAGAUCAAGGAGGAGGAGAAGGAGGAGCUGCCCCCGCCCCCACCGCCCCCCUUCCCCAACGACUUCUUCAAGGACAUGUUCCCCGACCUUCCCGGGGGGCCGCUGGGCCCCAUCAAGGCGGAGAACGACUACGGUGCCUAUCUCAACUUCCUGAGUGCCACCCACCUGGGGGGCCUCUUCCCGCCCUGGCCGCUGGUGGAGGAGCGCAAGCUGAAGCCCAAGGCCUCUCAGCAGUGCCCCAUCUGCCACAAAGUCAUCAUGGGGGCCGGGAAGCUGCCGCGGCACAUGAGGACCCACACCGGGGAGAAGCCAUACAUGUGCAACAUCUGUGAGGUCCGCUUCACCAGGCAGGACAAGCUGAAGAUCCACAUGCGGAAGCACACGGGGGAGCGGCCCUACCUGUGCAUCCACUGCAACGCCAAGUUCGUGCACAACUACGACCUCAAGAACCACAUGCGCAUCCACACGGGCGUGCGGCCCUACCAGUGCGAGUUCUGCUACAAGAGCUUCACGCGCUCCGACCACCUGCACCGCCACAUCAAGCGCCAGAGUUGCCGCAUGGCCCGGCCCCGGCGCGGCCGCAAGCCCGCCGCCUGGAGGGCCGCCAGCCUGCUCUUCGGGCCCGGAGGCCCCGCGCCGGAGAAGGCGGCCUUCGUGAUGCCGCCCGCGCUGGGCGAGGUGGGCGGCCACCUGGGCGGGGCGGCCGUGUGCCUCCCCGGCCCCAGCCCCGCCAAGCACUUCCUGGCGGCGCCCAAGGGCGCGCUGAGCCUGCAGGAGCUGGAGAGGCAGUUCGAGGAGACGCAGAUGAAGCUGUUCGGGCGCGCGCAGCUGGAGGCCGAGAGGAACGCGGGGGGCCUCUUGGCCUUCGCGCUGGCCGAGAACGUGGCGGCCGCGCGGCCCUACUUCCCGCUGCCCGACCCGUGGGCCGCGGGCCUGGCCGGCCUCCCGGGGCUCGCCGGCCUCAACCACGUGGCCUCCAUGUCUGAAGCCAACAACUAG